AGCACUCCGGGAGUCUACUCUGCCCCCGUCCCGUGCAUGCAUGCAGCUCCCAGUUUAGACACACUUCGGACUGGACCCUUCACCCCCACCUCCUGCACACCUCUGCCCUCUUCUCCUCCUCUCCUCUGCCUAUGGGCUAUUCACGUUGGUACAUCCCAAUCGGGUGCUGAGCUGGAGGAGAUGCUGCUUAUGCAUCGACUGUUUGGGCUCCCUAUCUCCAUCUGGGGCCUAUGAAGAAAACAACAUACAGUACAACUUCUGCAACUUAGCUCAGCUUUUCCUCGGAUUUAUCUACGCUUUAACAAACAAAAAAAAUGAGGACCAGGUCGUGUUUUGCACAGCUGUUACUUUUAGGAGCACUUCUAACUUUGGUGCACAGUAAAGGGACUUAUUAUGGAGGACAUGUCAACCCUUACUAUGGAAGCAGAUACAACCUGUACAAGGCUGGACUGAACCCUCAGCACUUGCCAAACAAACCAAUGUCAAGACACAAAAACCACUGUGCCUAUGUGGUCCAGAAGAACAUCACAUGUAUCAUGCAGGAUGGGGCCAUCCCGUUUGUGAAGGCCGAGUACACCACCAAGUGCAUCUGGGGCCAGAAGUGUCCCGUUGUUAUGUACAGGACAAUAUACAAGCCAAAGUACAAAGUGGGCUAUAAAACAGUGACUGAGCUGGAGUGGAGGUGCUGUCCUGGAUACUCUGGGGAGAGCUGUGUAGAGGGGCCAACGUCUGAGCCUGGGGUGAUUAUGCCUCCAUACAAAGGUGCAUCUCUGCCCCAUCGUCCCAGGGUAAAAGGCUUCCCCCACGGCCCCCGCCCCCCAGUUGACCACAAACCUGGAGAGGGACAAAUCGAACCAGGCAGACCCCUCCCAGGUGUGCCCGAUUCAAGGCCCAUACCGUCAGGACAACUGCCGACUGGCACCGGACAUACCUUUGGGGGAUCUGGAGUGACUGGUGAGCGCUUGGACCGCAUGGAGGCAGAUUUGAGGCGUCUUUCCCAUAGUUUGGACACAUUGAACGGUGUGGUGGUCGGACUGGAGGAGCGGCUGAGGACUUCACUGAGAGAAGACACCAACAAGAUCCUGGUGUCUCUGCUCCCAAACACGCCCCGAACCCCUGACUCCAGCGUGGGCUUCGGAGUGAUCCCAGACGGACGUCCAGACGGCUUAGAGGGCCAGGAGAGCUUCAACGGAUUUGGGGACCUGGCAGGAAGAGUAACAGAAGUGAGGGAUGAGCUGAGGGCCAAGACACACAUCAUAGAGGAGAUCCAGGGCAUGGUCCUUGGUCAUGAUGGUCAGUUGAAGAAGUUACUAGAAACCCCCAGAGGACGACCCAUCGCUGGCUCUAACCUGAACGUGGAGGAAAUCGUUAAUCAGAAGCUGGCUGGGGUGCGCUCUGAGAUCCUGGAUGGCUUUGAGCAGCGUCUGAUCGGUCUGGAGUCCCACUGUGACAAGAUGAUCAGCGAAGUGCAGCAGCAGUGUCACCGCGACCACAUGAACGGACAGGAGAAGAUGCAACAGUCUCUGGAUGGGAGGGAGACAGGACUGAGGAAGGAGCUGGGGACUCUGCAGGCUCAGAUCCAAGGACUCACCCUCACUGAGAGCUGCUGCGGACAGGUGAACAGCCUCUCCCAGCGCAUGCUCUUGCUGGAGGACUCGGUGAAGGGCCUGACGGAGUCGCAGAGGCAGAUGCAAACGGCACUGGCAGAUCAGAACAUCGAGGUGGAGACCCUGAUCGAAACCCGCUUCCUGGACAUCGAGAACCGGCUCAACUCCACCACAGAUGGCGCCACCAUCACCGCUGUGUCCGGGCUCCCCUCUGGGCUGGACGGCUUCAAAACCAUGCUGGAGGACAAGCUGAAGAUGCUGGAGGAGAAAGUGUUUGUGGCUGUGGGAGAGCUGAGCAAUGCCACCUCACCUGCUCUACUGGAGGGUCAGGUGAUCCCCGCUCUGGAGAUAGAAUCUGUUAAAAGGCGAUUUGAGGGUGAAAUCGGUGGCAUCCAAAAACAGCUCAUCGACUUGGAGCUCCUGUGCACCUCAUCUUGCGUUCCUUCUACCUCGCCAGCAGGGGGCAUCAAUGGCAAAGGGGUAGAAGACUGUGAGGAUGUGGAGAAAAAGAUGAAUGGUAGAUUAGACAAUCAAUCCAACCAACUUGAUCUGCUAAAUAACACAUUACAGAACUUGCUUUUCAAGAUUGCCCAAGAAGAGCUGGAAGGAUCAGUUAGUGGCGAGAUCACGCUACUUAAAGUCAACAUUCAUUCAGUAAACAAGACUCUCAGAGGGCUGAAAGACUCCAUAAGAUUUAUUGCAAGUGAGGUUGGACAUGCCAAUGCUACCUGGGAGCAGAGGGAGAACCAGAUAGUUAACCAGGUUCAAGGAAUAACCAAAGUAGUGGGUCACCAAGCUUCUCUCCUGGGUGCUGGGGAGAGGAGAUUAGCACACCUUAAAGGGGAGCUGGUAGCACUCAAAAGACGCCUAUCGGGUGAGCUUCAGGGCUGCAAAAGCACUGCACUGGAGGUGAAGAAGGAGGUCAAGGAUGUGGACAGUAGGGUAAGCCAGGUAGAGGGCCAGUGUAGCGGUUUGGGAGAGCUAACGGAGCAUUUGGAGCAGAUCCGUGAAGAACUAGAGCGGCAUUCGGAUACGUAUCUUGCCAAAGUGAAUGGUACUCUUACAGUACAUUCAGCACAACUGGCCGAACUCAAAGAUGAGGUCAAAGAGUGUAUCGCUAAGGAAGCUGCUGCGAGCCGAAAAGGUGACCAGUAGCAUGAUCAUCAGUGCUACAGAAAAAGACUUAAAAAGACUUCCUGUAUUGUCAUUUCAAAACCAGCACAGAUGCAGAUUAACUGAAGUAUUGAAAGAUAUGCAUAUGCUUCCUGCCCCAGUCUCCUAGUGCCUCCAGAUGUGUGGGGAAUUCUGACCAGCCAAGUGGAAAGAUCCAGAACACAAUAUAAUGUGCCUAUAUUGUGCAUAGUGAUGUUUUUAUAUGGGGCAUUUUCUGCUUGGACAAAUGUUAUGUUUUCAUACGUUUUCAUUUUUUUAACUUAUAUGAGGUGACUGCAUUGUGUUAUCAUGAUUAAGUGGCAAAUGUAAAAGAAUUGUGUAAUGUUGAUGCGCAAAAAAGACUAAUACGCUGCUACGGGUUUCUACUGACAAGCACACCAGAUCCGUGUGGACACUUUAAUAAUACUGUACUGUCAACUAUGGUGCUAUAUAUGUACAUUGUGUAUGAAUUAUAAUUGUGUUCCUGCUUUAAAAAUGCCUUCCAGGAUAUGUUGGUAUGUACAAGGAAUAAAGUAUCAAACUAUUGUGGUGUUUAAAAAAAACAAAACAAA